AUGGCUGCAUAUUUAACGUCUGAUUGUCUUACGAAUAUCCUUUCAUAUUUUGACUCGGAUCCGCAUUCUUUACAUUCAUUCCUUUUGGUAAAUCGUUAUUGGUGCAUUAAUACAGUACCAAUCUUAUGGCGACGUACUUUUUAUCUUACAGCACACGGAUCCUUUUCAUCGAAAAGUAGAUGUAGAUUAAUAUCUACAUAUCUAUCCUGUUUAACAUUAAAUAAACCAAAUUCGCCAAAUUUAGAUAGUAGUAUUACAAUCACAUCUCAUGCAUCAUCAUCGGACAUGACAAGAAAUAAACAAAAUCAUUUCUCAUUUGCGCAACAAAAAUCUUUGACAUUUGACUACGUGUCAUUUUUGCGAGGAUUCGAUUAUUUUCAAGUAUAUUAUGCGAUUGGAAAUUGGUAUGCAAAUCAAUCAUCGGAAAAGAAACAAUCAAUUGACUUCAUAAAAAUCUUUGGAAUGGAUGAUGAUGAAUGUAGAAAGUUUAUGAUUACCAAAGAAUUAAUUAAAUGCAUAUUAAAUAAAUCACCAAUAAUUGAUUACUUAGCACUGGACUCUGAGACAACAAUACCUUCUGAAUUUACUUCAAUUGGAAAAUUUCCUGGUGCUACAAUUUGCUUAUCUUAUAUUCGAACCUUUAUUUGUCGUGGCAGUUCAAAGAAACUGGAUUUGUAUAUAGUCCUUUCCAAGAUAUGUAGAAAUGUUGAAAAUAUGACAAUUUUUGGAAUUGGCGAAGAUGAUUCAAAUGCCGAAGGAUUAUCUAAUUUAAUAAGAAAACAACAUCAUUUACGUAAAUUCGUAUUAUGGGAUGGAACGAAUGAGCAAAUGUCAAAAGUCAUUAAAGCUUUAUCUGAUAAUCGUGAAAAAAUGAAAUAUUUGGAAUUUAGAUUUUGUAAUUUUGAAAAUUGUAGACCAUUGGAAUCUCUUGCAGCUGCUUGUACAGAAUUAACAACUUUAAAAUUUAUUCAAUGUGGAGAAAUUUCAAGUAACAUUACACUUUCCUUUUCGAGAUCUUUAUUUCCUGAUUUACACGAUUUGGAUUUACAAGGGACCCAUUUUCCGGCCGAUACGUUAGAAACAAUUUUUCAUCACGCGAAUAUUAAUUUAAUUUCAAUUAAUAUUGAAGCGGAUUCAAAUCAACAUUUUCGUAUAAUAGAAAAGUUGGCUACUAAUUGUCCAAACAUAACAAAACUUCAUGCAAGGUUAUCCAAAAAUGGAAUGGGACAACUUAAUUCUUUAUUUCGUUCUUGUAAACGUUUAGAGACAAUAAUUUUACAAGGUCAUCUUCCGAAUCGUAUUUUCAUAUUUGCACAGGAUGCUAAUGAUGAUUUAUUAAUUAAUCUUCGCGAAGUUAUACCAGCAAGUUUGAAAAAAUUUGUGGUGAAAACUGAUUGUGCAUUUACAUCAUCUGCCGUUGAUACUUUUCUUCGUGAAUGUAAAGCUGAUUUGAAUAGAUUGGAAUUUAUUUCUUAUGGAAGUGUUUGGCAGCAUUUGAACGUUAUAAAAAGAUAUGCAAGAAAACAUAGAUUGGAGAUUAAGCAGCAAAUUGCUGGUAACUAUAAAGAAUUAUUAAUGAGAGAAUUAGGGCACGUUAUUGUUGAAUUCGAAUGA